UAAUAAAUCCACCGACGACAGAUUAAAUCCGCGUUUCCAGAAAAUGAAAAUGAAGAGGUAAAAUCAAAAUAACCAUAUAAACGAUCACUCGUUCAAUCCCAACUCCCAACUCCCAUUUCAACAUAUCAAAUGGCGUCCAAUCUCUUGAUCUUCUUCUUCAUUUUCCCUCUACUACUCAAUUCCGCCCUCUGCAAAACCCUCAAGCGAGACGUUAAAGCUUUGAAUGAGAUAAAAGCGUCACUUGGAUGGAGAGUAGUGUACGCCUGGGUGGGUGAUGAUCCUUGUGGUGAUGGAGAUCUGCCUCCUUGGUCCGGUGUUACUUGCUCUACCCAAGGAGAUUAUCGAGUUGUUACCGAGUUGGAAGUUUAUGCAGUUUCAAUUGUCGGUCCUUUUCCUACUGCUGUUACCAAUUUGUUGGAUCUCACUAGACUGGAUCUGCAUAACAACAAAUUGACGGGGCCUAUUCCUCCGCAAAUUGGGCGGUUGAAGCGUCUUAAGAUACUUAAUUUGAGGUGGAAUAAAUUACAAGAUGUGAUUCCUCCUGAAAUUGGUGAACUCAAGAGCCUAACCCAUCUUUAUUUGAGCUUCAAUACUUUUAAAGGUGAAAUUCCCAAGGAGCUAGCUAAUCUUCCAGAACUUCGGUAUCUCUAUCUACAUGAGAAUCGCUUCUCCGGCCGAAUCCCUGCUGAGUUGGGGACAUUGCAAAAUCUGCGGCACUUGGAUGUUGGUAACAAUCAUUUGGUGGGUACUAUAAGGGAAUUAAUACGUUUCGAGGGUUGUUUCCCUGCACUUCGAAACAUUUAUCUAAACAAUAAUUACCUCACUGGAGGAAUCCCCGCACAACUUGCAAAUUUGACCAAUAUAGAAAUAUUGCAUCUAUCAUAUAAUAAAAUGUCAGGAAUAAUCCCUGCUGCAAUUGCUCAUAUUCCUAAAUUGACUCACUUGUACUUGGAUCACAAUCAAUUUUCAGGGAGAGUUCCUGAGGCCUUCUAUAAACAUCCUUUCUUAAAAGAAAUGUAUAUUGAAGGAAAUUCAUUCAAGCCAGGCGUAAACCCAAUAGGUUUACACAAAGUUCUUGAAGUUUCUGAUGCAGAUUUCAUAGUUUAGUAGACCACAAUCCACUGCUAGGCUACAUUUUGUUAGUUAUGUGAAUCAAAUGUGAAAAACUCUGAAGCUCAGCUAGAAGUUUUGUCUAUCAACUUCACCUUCCGUCUCCUCUCUCGCACAAACAAAAAGAAGACUGCAAUACUUAUAGAGCUUAAAAACAGUCCCUUGUCAUUAAUUUGGAGUAAGAUAAGCCAUGUUUUUCAACGCUAGUGUCUGAGAAGGUAGCAAGGAAGAAGGAAGAUAAAUUCUGGCGAUGGAGAAGGCUUAGUAUUAGAUUUAGAUCCAUGUUUUUAUUUUUUUGUCAAAGAGUUGUACUGCAAUUGAUGAAUUGUUUUUUACUUUGCUGUUUUAAAUUAUAUAAAGGUUAAUCUCUUAGCUUAA